AUGGCUACAAAGAGACCCAACUUCCUCGUUAUCGUGGCCGAUGAUCUGGGCUUCUCAGACAUCGCCUCCUUUGGCGGCGAGAUCAACACCCCAAACCUCGACAAACUCGCUAAUAAUGGCAUCCGCUUCACAGACUUCCAUGCCGCGGCUGCUUGUUCGCCGUCUAGGGCCAUGAUCAUGACUGGAACAGACCACCACAUUGCUGGCCUUGGCAACCUCAUCGAGUGGACCAAUGUGUCGGGGCAGAAUGACCCCAGCGGGACCAUGUCAACUAACGUUCAGCGAGGCAUGCCCGGGUACGAAGGGUACCUUAACGAGAGGGUUGUUGCACUGCCUGAGAUUCUGCGUGAUGCUGGUUACCAGACCCUCAUGGCUGGCAAAUGGCAUCUUGGUCUCACGCCCGAGAGGAGUCCCAAGGCCAGGGGGUUCAGUCGCAGCUUCGCCCACUUGCCGGCAUGCAGUAACCACUACGCAUACGAACCACAGCUAGAAAAGGGCGAGGAAUCGCCCGAGUUUCUGACCAUGAGCGUCAUUGCCUUGCACAGUGAGGAUGGGGAAUACGUCCGGAAACUACCCGACGGGUGGUACUCUUCUGAUGGAUACGGCGACAAGAUGCUGCAAUACCUCAAAGAUUGGAAAGAAGACGGCGAUGAGCGACCUUUCUUCGCAUACCUGCCAUUUACCGCCCCUCACUGGCCUCUCCAAGCUCCCCAGGAGUACAUCAAAAAGUACCGAGGUGUCUACGACGACGGCCCAGACGCUCUUCGGCUCAAGCGCCUACAAAAGCUCAAAGAUCUCGGCCUCAUACCUAAAGAUGUCGAGUCUCACCCCGUCGUUGCGGAAGAAGUCAAGGAGUGGAGCGACAUGAGUGACGAGGAACGCGCCAACUCUUGUCGCGCGAUGGAGGUUUUUGCCGCCAUGGUUGAAUGCAUCGACGUGAAUGUGGGAAAGGUUGUGGACUACCUGAAAGAGGUUGGGGAGCUUGACAAUACCUUUGUGUGCUUCCUUUCAGACAACGGUGCUGAAGGUGCGGCUUAUGAGGCGUACCCCAUUGUUCAAGGAUCCAUGAUGCAGCAUCUCAAGAAGUACUACGACAACAGUCUGGACAACCUUGGUAAUGGUAACUCAUUCAUCUGGUACGGCCCGCGAUGGGCUCAAGCUGCUACGGCGCCAAGCAGACUCUACAAAGCAUACACAACCGAAGGAGGUGUCCGCGUUCCCUUCCUGAUGAAGCCCCCGUCCUCCUUUUCCCAGACUUUCAAGCCCAACGACAUCACGCAUCAGUUCGCCACAGUCAUGGAUCUCGCACCGACAAUCCUCGACAUGGCUGGCGCAAAGCACCCUGCCCCGGCCUAUCAAGGCCGCGAGGUCGUCUCCAUGCGUGGUAGAUCUAUGGUUCCCUACCUGUCCGGCACAUCCUCCCGUAUCCACGACAAAGACUUUAUCAACGGAUGGGAAACAUGUGGUCGCGCAGCUUGCCGCAAGGGAGACUGGAAAAUCGUCUUCAUCCCAAAGCCCAAAGGUCCUGAGCGUUGGCAACUGUACAACCUCGCGCGCGACCCUGGAGAAGUGCACGACCUUGCCGACUCUGAGCCCGACCGUCUGCGAGAGCUCCUCAAACUCUGGGACCAGUACGUGCUAGAGACGGGCGUAAUACCUCUAAGCCCGGAGCUGGGUCGGUGGAUGGCGGCCAUGGAGGAGCAGAUGCCCGAGAAUGCGUGGAUCGAGUAUGAGUACUGGAAGGACGGGGCGAGGGAUGAUCCGAAGAGGUUUACCAAGGAAAUUCCCCGGUUUGAGCGUCGCGUCACAGGAUUCUAG